AUGUCGCGAAUAUUAUUUGUACUGUUGACUUGUCUACUAAAAUUGUCAGUACAGAGAUCCUAUCCAGAAGAUGACAGCUAUGUGGCGGCUGUUCUAGAGUUUCAGGUGUCCAUAAGCUCGACCUUAGCCCUCCGUGAUUAUGUUGAUUUCAUCAAAGUAGCUGCGGAUAAGAAUGCAGAUAUCGUGGUGUUUCCAGAAUUGACGUUAACAAGAGGCGGAUAUAGUACUAUACCAAUAAAAGGCCUUCUACUAGAUUAUCCUGUUCCGGCACUGAAUCCAGAGUUCUACGACGAGUUUCUAAUCGAAAUCUCGAAUGCAGCCAGAGUAAACAGCAUAUAUGUGGUUAUUAAUGUACAAGAGCGCGUGGACUGUACAGUUCCUACAGAAGAAGUAUGUCCAGAAGAGAAAAUAUACUUUUUUAAUACUGACGUCGUGUUCGAUAGAAAUGGUGCUGUUAUAGACAGAUACCGCAAAAUUAAUUUAUUUGGUGAACCAGGCCGUACUCCAGCUCUAAGUCCAGAGUUGGGCAUAUUUGAAACAGACUUCGGUGUAAAAUUCGGACAUCAUAUAUGUUUUGAUUUAAUGUUUCAAGUACCCAGUAUUCAAAUAAUUGAGAAGCAUAACAUUACUGACGUCAUAUUUCCUACUAUGUGGUUUUCGGAAAUGCCCUACUUGACUGCUGUCCAAAUCCAACAAGCAUACGCAUCCAGCAUGAACAUCAAUUUCCUCGCUAGUGGCGCUAACAACGUGCGUAUCGGUAGUGCUGGGUCUGGUAUUUUCUCUGGUAAGGCGGGUGCAUUAACCAGUAUAAUGCCGGGAGUGCCUACCACAGAACUACUUAUCGCCAAGGUCCCAAAAAUACCAGGACAGGUUACAGAACCGAUUAGUGGUCCGAUCUACAACAGCCCCGCUGAACAAGACUCAUUGAGACUGAUCGUGGAUCCUUCCUACCCGGCACACAUCACCAGGGAACUUACAGAAGGUUUUCAGGAGUUCAUAUUGACAGACAAGCAAGUUAGCUGCCAAUUCUCCGUCAAGCUUAAUCAGAGACCUGGAACUCAGAACUACAAGUAUAGGGCAGCGGCUUUCGACGGAGUGCGUAGCUUCACAGGGGUAGCGACUGGUGGUAACAGGGUGUGUUCCGUAGUAGCUUGCACCGGAGACACCAUCGACACUUGCGGAACGAGGUUUCCCGUAUUUGCUGAGAACACAACCGCCAUCUUUGAAGAGCUCACCAUCGUUGCAACAGUGCCUACCCCAGUUAUAGACCAAGAAGUACAAGCCCGUGACUCUGCUUUCUUCCCAUUAUCGCUGGACAUAUAUAUUAUGCCAUUAAAACCGCAAGAAUUUACUUACUAUGAAAAUGAAUACGGGAACGUCACUAUUUACAAUCUGACGUUGAACAAUUACGAUGCUCAAUUAUAUAGUUUUGCGGUGUGGGGUAGAGUGUUCGCUACGGAUGGAGAUAUAGAGACACCACCUGUUGAGGUUCCAAGAACAGACAGUUAUGUGGCGGCAGUUUUAGAAUAUACAGUCCCAAGUAGUUCAGCCGUGGCUCUACCAGAUUACGUCAAUUAUAUAAAGGAAGCUGCGGAUCAGAAAGCGGACAUCAUGGUGUUCCCUGAAAUGACGCUUACCAGAGGCAGCGAAGCAGUCAAUGUUCCCAUACAUGACAUUUUACUAGAGUAUCCUAUACCAGCUCUACACCCGGAACUCUACGAUGAUAUUAUAGUCUCUAUUUCAAAUGCAUCAAGAUCGAACCGCAUAUAUGUAGUUAUCAACGUCCAAGAGCGCAUGGACUGCACGGUGACAACUAAUGAAGAAUGUCCAGAAGACAUUGUAUAUCUUUUCAAUACAAACGUUGUUUUUGAUAGAAACGGAGCUGUGAUAGACCGAUACCGUAAAAUUAACUUGUUCGGUGAGAGAAACCGCACUCCUGCCUUAACACCAGACUUGGGAGUAUUCGAGACUGACUUUGGUGUGACAUUUGGUCACCACGUGUGCUUCGAUCUCAUGUUCCAAGUGCCUGCUUUACAAGUUGUCGAAAAAUAUAAUCUUACUGAUGUCAUAUUUACCACUAUGUGGUUUUCUGAGAUGCCCUAUUUAACAGCUGUGCAAAUUCAAGAAGGGUUUGCAUAUAGUAUGAACAUAAACUUCAUCGCUAGUGGAGCCAAUAAUGUGGGCAUAGGUAGCGCAGGCUCGGGAAUCUUCUCAGGAAAAGCAGGUGCUCUAGUCAGCACAAUGCCCGGAACAGCCACAACCCAACUACUCGUGGCAAGAGUGCCGAAAGUACCUGGCAAUGUAACAGAACCACCACUAGGUCCAAUCUAUGACGACCCUGUGAAUCACGAUGGCCUGGUCCUCAUUACCGACCCUUCAUAUCCUGCGCACAUCACUAAGGAACUGACUCCAGGUAGCCACAACUUCACACUCAAGAACAAUGAAGUCAGUUGCAGGUUUACCGUCACCAUCGCUCGGAGAGCGGGAGAUCGGCACUACAAGUAUAGGGCAGCAGCAUUCGACGGCAUCCGUAGCUUCACUGGGGUGGCGACUGGUGGUAACAGGGUUUGUUCUGUUGUCGCUUGCACAGGAGACACCAAGGACACGUGUGGACAGAGAUUUCCUCAAUAUGCUGAAAACACCACUGCUAUCUUUGAGGAACUAAUCAUUACUGCUACAGUACCCACUCCCGUGUUCGAUCCAGAGGUACAAGCACGUAAUUCCGCAUUCUUCCCCGUGUCUAUGGAGGUGUCUAUAAUGCCUUUGGAAGUUAAAGACUUUACAUUCACCGAAAAUAUCCAAAGCAAUAGAACUGUGUACACAUUCACAUUGAAGAAUAAACAUGCACGGUUGUAUACAUUCGCCAUUUGGGGAAGAGUGUUCGCUACCGAUGGAAAAGAAGAGUCUCCACCUGCCCCGGAUUCUUCAUCAAUACAUUUUCUUAAUUAUCUAAUCCUACCAAUUUUAUUUUUAAUACAAUUUUAUUCACAUUAUGUCAUAAUAAGCCUGGAUCAUUCACAGUUUAUGAUAAAUAUAUAG